ACCGCUGCAAUGUGGACAAAAUGGACACAAAGAAGGAGCAUUAAUCUUUAACCAAUGUUUAGAAGAGGGCUUGAUUCUCAGUUUUCUUUCAUGAUGUUUUUCUAGUAUUUGGCCAAAUUGAUCAAGUGGUGUUAAAGACUUAAUGUGUGUGUAGGGAUGAGGGACGUAUGAUAUUACAGACAGGUGUGUUAGCUUAGGCAUGGAGCUCAAAAAUUGUGUUUUUACAGUGAUGUCACAUAAUUAGUAAUUAGUAACAUAAUUUAUUAGUUCCCCAAAGAAAAUUUCAGUUAAAAUGUAUGAAUCAUUUAAGAUUUACUACUAUUUAAGAGUACUAAAGAUUUUUUUUACACUAUAAAGAAUGCUUUUGCUGAACAGGAAGUUUAGAAGGUUCUUUAUGGAAACACUGAUGCCAAUUUAAUAAAAAAACCUUUGCAGAUCAUCUUUGAUAUAAUAUAAGAAUGGAAGACUUUUUUCAACUGCAAUGUUACACAUUUCAAUUUUCAUUACUUUAAAAUAUGCUUCUCAAUGUGUGUUGUAACAGAGGACAAAUUACACAGGCUUUCAAGUAAAUGUAACAUCUAAUUAAAUGUACAAUGGAAAGUUUCUUAUAUUUCUGGUAAAGUCUUUUGAUUUCAGGAGUAUAUAAGUUCCUGAACAUGAGUAUCAUUGUGGUCUUUGUGUGUGGAUUUCAUUUUUUUUUAAUCUUGAAAUUCGACUCUUCAUCCUUUCAACUUGACCCUGCUAUUUCUCUUCUGACAUUUUACCAUCUCUGUUUCUCUCCCUCAUUCAAACAAUACUUCUCUAAUGUUUGCUUCAUUCCCUCUACAACUCAAAACUGCUGCAGUCCUGUUCUCAAGAAACCCAAACUGGAUCCCUCAUCCUUAUUUAACUAUCGUCCCAUUUCUAAUUGACCAUUUUUUUGCUAAAUUACAAAGUACUGUUGCCUCCCACCUUCAGUCAUAUCUAAUUGAAUCCCCUUGACCCCUGCCGAUCUGGUUUUCGUUUAGUCCAAAGUACUGCACAAGGUAGUGAAUGAUCUACUAAUUCUGCAUCUUGACCUUAGCUCUGCCUUUGAUAACAUCUCCCAUGGAUUACUUAUUUCUAGUCUCAUGGAUUGAAGAUUUCUGGUCCUGCCUACUUUUGGUUUUCCUAUUAACUCUCUGAAAGACAAUUGUACUUUUAUCUCUCUCCGCUUUCAGUGCCAUGCUGUAAUAGAUAAUCACUCAAUAAGAGAUGUUCUCUCUCUCUCUCUCCCUCUCUUUCUCUUUUAUACAGUCAAUUUAAUAAUAAAAAAGUAUAGGCUUUAUAGGAGAUCUAUCAGAUUUUGAUUCAUUCUCCUCAUCAUACUGUGUAUUUGGGUUAGUCUGAGUUCUUGGGGCAAUGAAAUCCAUUCUGCUUUUCAAACCAACCCAGCGCAUGUUCUGCACAACAACAGAUUGGGUGUAAUAAUCUGAUUCGUCUACUUUAUGGAGGGAUCAUGUGACUUUUUUUUAUGAGGUGAAAGUAAAAAAGACAUCUAAUGGCUCAAAUGAAUUUAAAAAACCAGAGUGCUGUGAUUAAACGGACAAGCCUUUGUCUCCGGCAUGUUGUUGAUUAUUAUCGCUUUCCUGGUGAAUGUCCUGAUAGAGACUUCUGUGUCCUUCUCUGUAGAGGUUCCUGGUGAUCCUAUAGAGGCUCGUAUCGGAUCCACAGUGAUUCUGCCCUGCUGGAUCUCUCCUCCGGAGAACGCUGAAGCUCUGGAGAUACGCUGGUACCGUCACGAUCAGUUCAACAACCCUGUUCUGCUUUAUAAUCAUGGGAAGAUCCAGGACAUCCAGGAGGAAUCAUACAGGCACCGAAGCUCUUUGACUCGGCGCUCAGAUCAGUCUGGUGGACUGAAAGAUGGAGACGUUUCUCUACGGCUGGAGAAUCUCCGAGUUCAGGAUGAAGGUUCAUUUCGCUGUUAUGUGAGUGGAGACAGUUCAUACGGCAGUGAAGAGAUGCUUCUCAAAAUCACGGCUGUAGGAUCCACUCCUGUCCUUGUUCCAAAGCCUCUUGAUGAUGGACACGUGAACAUCAGCUGCAGGUCCAGCGGUUGGUAUCCAAAGCCCAGCAUCACAUGGUCGUCUGCUGAUGAAAGGGUUCUUCGUCCUGGAGGAUCAUCUCACAGUCGUGGAGAAGAUGAGAUGUUCUCUGUCCACAGCUGGACGGUCAUCUCUCUCUCAGAUGCUCAGCUGGUCUCAUGUUCACUGUCCAUCAGAACUGGAGAGUUCAAAGAAAGCAGGAUUGACGUACAGGCCGUCAUCUCUACAGAUUCUUCAGGUCUGUGGAAGGCUCUUUUCUUCACCUUCCUCGUCUUUGCUCUUCUGGGUUUGGUUGGGUUAAUCUUCUAUAAGGACAGAAAGAAAAAAACAGGGAAGAAACCGGUUAAAGAAGUUGUCGGAGACAAGAGUGUAGAAAAAUGGAGGAAACAUGCAGUUACGAUCACUAUUGACCCUGAACGUUCACAUCCAGAUCUGAAGGUCAAGGACUGUAAAAUGAUGAGAGACAGUGCAAGAUAUCACCACACUGGAGAUGGAUUUCCAUAUGAAUUAUGUGCAUUUGGAGCUCAAAGAUUCACUUCAGGUCUUCACUAUUGGGAGGUAGAACUAGCACAAAGAUGUACACCUCCUAAAAACUACUGGUUAAUUGGUGUGGCGAAAGAUGGAAGCUUUACUUCAAGAAAGAGAUCUGCUUUAACUCCAUCAGCCGGUUUCUGGUUCUUGUGUUCAGACGGUCCUAAUGGCUUUUACACCAACACUGAUCCACCAGUUAAACUCUCACUGACACCGAGACCUGAACGACUGGGAGUUCUGUUAGAUUAUGAUGAAGGUCAGCUGUCAUUUUACAACGUGACAGAGAGUAAACAUCUCCUGACCAUCAGCAGCAGAUUCUCUGGACCAGUCGUUCCUCUCUUCAAUCCUGGAGUUGGAGAUCAGGGAGUGCUUAAAAUUCUGGAUUGUCCAGAACCUGUAGAAUCAGCUGUAGAGUUCAAUCAGCCUUUACUGAAUAACAGCUCAGACGCCUACAUGUUGUCGAUUAUCGUCGUUUUACUGAACCUCUUCAUAGAGACUUCUGUGUCUUUCUCUGUAGAGGUUCCUGGUGAUCCUAUAGAGGCUCGUAUCGGAUCCACAGUGAUUCUGCCCUGCUGGAUCUCUCCUCCGGAGAACGCUGAAGCUCUGGAGAUACGCUGGUACCGUCACGAGCAGUUCAACAACCCUGUUCUGCUUUAUAAUCAUGGGAAGAUCCAGGACAUCCAGGAGGAAUCAUACAGGAACCGAAGCUCUUUGACUCGGCGCUCAGAUCAGUCUGGUGGACUGAAGGAUGGAGACGUUUCUCUACGGCUGAAGAAACUCAGAGUUCAGGAUGAAGGUUCAUUUCACUGUUAUGUGAGUGGAGACAGUUCAUACGGCAGUGAAGAGAUGCUUCUCAAAAUCAGGGCUGUGGGAUCCACUCCUGUCCUUGUUCCAAAGCCUCUUGAUGAUGGACACGUGAACAUCAGCUGCAGGUCCAGCGGCUGGUAUCCAAAGCCCAGCAUCACAUGGUCGUCUGCUGAUGAAAGGGUUCUUCGUCCUGGAGGAUCAUCUCACAGUCGUGGAGAAGAUGAGAUGUUCUCUGUCCACAGCUGGACGGUCAUCUCUCUCUCAGAUGCUCAGCUGGUCUCAUGUUCACUGUCCAUCAGAACCGGAGAGUUCAAAGAAAGUAGGAUUGGCGUACAGGCCGUCAUCUCUACAGAUUCAUCAGGUCCGUGGAAGGCUCUUUUCCUCACCUUUCUCGUCUUUGCCCUUCUGGGUUUGGUUGGGUUGAUCCUCUACAAAUACAGACACAAACUAACAGAUUCUAAGGAUGAAAUGACCACAAAGACGGAGAACCACAAAGUUGUGGGAGACAUAAAUUUAGAACAUCUAAGGAAACAUGCAGUUACGAUCACUAUUGACCCUGAACAUUCACAUUCAGAUCUGAAGGUCAAGGACUGUAAAAUGAUGAGAGAUGGUCCAAAUUAUAGUCCAAGUGGAGAUGGAUUUCCAUAUGAAUUAUGUGCAUUUGGAGCUCAAAGAUUCACUUCAGGUCUUCACUAUUGGGAGGUAGAACUAGCACAAAGAGGUAUAUCUCCUAAAAACUACUGGUUAAUUGGUGUGGCGAAAGAUGGAAGCUUUCCUUCAAGAGAGAGAUCUGCUUUAACUCCAUCAGCCGGUUUCUGGUUCUUGUGUUCAGACGGUCCUAAUGGCUUUUACACCAACACUGAUCCACCAGUUAAACUCUCACUGACACCGAGACCUGAACGACUGGGAGUUCUGUUCGAUUAUGAUGACGGUCAGCUGUCAUUUUACAACGUGACAGAGAGUAAACAUCUCCUGACCAUCAGCAGCAGAUUCUCUGGACCAGUCGUUCCUCUCUUCAAUCCUGGAGUUGGUGAUCAGGGAGUGCUUGAAAUUCUGGAUUGUCCAGAACCUGUAGAAUCAGCUGUAGACUCCAGUCAGCCUUUACUGAAUAACAGCUCAGACGCCUGACUGACCGCUGCAGUUUAACCAGAACAAAUAUGAAAAACAAAUUAAGUAUCUCUUCUAACAUCUACAAACUAUAGAAAUCUUGUCUUUUUCUCUUUUUUUCACUUGAGGAGAAAAAAGACAAGACGAUGAUGGAAACUUUUUUUAAAAGCACCUCUUAAAAUAUUUUACAUUUUGCAAAACCUCUUCUUCCAUCAAUUUAAAGUAUUAAAGUAAAAAAAAAAAACUACAAAAAAACAAAUUUUUCAUUUAAUCGUUUUCAGUUUUUGCUGAUCUUUGUUUUAUUUAAACUAUUUUUUUUUCAUUAUUUUUACAUCAGGGUGUAAGCUGUCCAUGCCUACUUAUUUUCUUGCUCGUUUUACUAAUAGCCUACAUGUUAUAGGCUACGUUUCAUACUUUACAGAUUUUCAAAUUUUGUAUACCUACUUAAACUUAAAAAACUUAUUUGUUAUAUUAUAUUAGACAUAUAGCAUGGUGUAUUUUACAAUCAAUCAAUCAAUCACUUUUAUUUAUAUAGUGCUUCUAACAAUACAAUGACAGGGAUGUAUAAUGACAAGAUUAAACAAUUUGUUAUUAAAUGCAGAGACGUCUCUGUAAUCAAUUCAACG